AUGGCAUUCAACAACGGACUCAGAUCUGCUGCGAAGCUCAUCGCUUCUUCUGAAUCCUCCAUCUCCAAAUCAGUGAUUAGAAAUUUUCAUUCAACUGGUGUGAAGAGGAUGGGAGGUGGACAUGGCCACAGCGAGCCAGACUAUAUGCAUUCAUAUCACAUGUACAACCUGGAUCAGAUGAAGCAUCAGGGAUUGAAAAUGUCACUUGCAGUGUUCACUGCUUUCAGCAUCGGUGUUGGAGUUCCUGUCUUUGCAGUCGUUUUCCAGCAAAAGAAGACAGCAUCUGGUUGA